AUGGAUGAAAUUAUGCAACAGGAAAUCAGGCCCCUGGUGGCAGUGGAUAUAAUUGAACAACUUCACAGACAAUUCGCCAUUCUUUCAGGAGGCCGAGGGAAAGACGGAGCCCCUAUCAUCACUUUUCCAGAGUUUGUGGGGUUCAAACACAUCCCAGAUGACGACUUCUUGAAUGUCGUGACGUACCUGACUAGCAUCCCCAGUGUGGAGGCUGCCAGCAUCGGAUUCAUCAUUGUCAUCGACAGACGAAGGGACAAGUGGAGCUCCGUGAAAGCAUCCUUGACACGAAUAGCUGUAGCAUUUCCAGGAAACUUGCAGCUCAUAUUCAUUCUUCGUCCAUCUUGCUUUAUCCAGAGGACAUUCACUGACAUUGGCAUUAAAUUCUAUCGAAAUGAAUUUAAAAUGAAAGUGCCGAUCGUUAUGUUAAACUCUGUCUCUGACCUUCAUGGCUACAUUGAGAAAAGCCAAUUGACAGAGGACUUAGGGGGAACUUUGAAAUAUCGCCACAGUCAGUGGAUAAAUCAUCGAACUGCCAUCGAAAACUUUGCCAUGACAUUGAAGACCACUGCCCAGAUGCUCCAGACAUUUGGGGCCUGCCUGGCCACGACAGAGCUGCCCAGAAGUGUGCCAUCUGCUGAAGACCUUCUCAUGUCCCACACAAGACAGCGGGACAAGCUGCAGGAUGAGCUGAAAUUACUUGGAAAGCAAGGGGCCACAUUGCUGUCAUGCAUUCAAGAACCAGCAACCAAAAAUCCCACCAGCAAACUCAAUCCCAAUGAACUGGAGAAUGUAGCUACCAUCAAAAGGUUAUUAGUUCAGUUGGAUGAAACAGAAAAAGCCUUUAGUCAGUUUUGGUCCAAGCAUUACCUGAAGCUUAACCAAUGCCUACAACUACAGCACUUUGAGCACAAUUUUUGUGAGGUUAAACUUGCCCUGGACAAUUUGUUGGCAGAGCAAGCAGAAUUUACAGACAUUGGAGACAGUGUGGUACGCGUAGAGCAACUUCUUAAGGAACACAAAGAACUGGAAGGAAAAGGCCAGGAGCCCUUGGAAAAGGCCCAGCUGCUUGCAAUAAUUGGGGACCAGCUCAUCCAAAGCCACCAUUAUGCGGUAGACGCCAUCAGACCUAGGUGUGUGGAGCUCAGGCACCUCUGCGAUGACUUCAUCAAUGAAAACAAGAAAAAAUAUGACGUUUUAGGAAAAUCUUUGGAGUUGCAUAGACAGCUGGACAAGGUCAGCCAGUGGUGUGAAGCAGGAAUCUACCUCUUGGCUUCCCAAGCUGUAGACAAGUGCCAGUCGCGAGAGGGGGUUGACAUUGCCUUAAAUGACAUUGAGGCGUUCCUGGGCACAGAGAAGGAGUACCAGCUGUCCAGCCUCAAAGAGUUUUACAACCAGUUUGAGUUGAUGCUCACCCUUGACAUAAAGGCCAAAGCCCAGAAAGUCCUGCAGAAGCUGGGCGAUGUGCAGGAAAUAUUUCGCAAGAGGCAAAUGAGUCUGAUGAAAUUGGCAGCCAGACAGACUCGCCCAGUGCAACCCGUGGCUCCCCAUCCUGAGUCCUCCCCAAAAUGGGUGUCACCGAAAACCAGCCAGCCCUCUGCCUUGGCUCCUCUUCAGAAAACAUCUGAGGAACCUUAUGCAGAGACAGAUUUGAACUCCCUGGAAAAGGAAAAUGACAAGACUAAAUCUGAAGUCAAGAAUGAAGAAAUACUUGAAAGCUGUCAUGAUGGGGAGAACCCUGAGCCAGAACAGCUUGGCAGUCCUGAAGAUCUUUGCCCCAGCAGGCGCAUUAUACGGGACUUGCUUGAAACUGAAGAGAUUUAUAUAAAAGAAACUAAGAGCAUAAUUGAUGGAUAUAUCAUUCCAAUGGAUUUUAUUUGGUUGAAGCAUCUGAUUCCAGAUAUUCUUCAGAAUAACAAGGACUUUCUUUUUGGGAAUAUUAGAGAACUUUAUGAAUUUCACAACAGGACUUUUCUAAAAGAAUUGGAAAAGUGCACUGAAAACCCUGAACUUCUGGCACGUUGCUUUCUCAAGAGAAAAGAAGAUCUUCAAAUAUAUUUCAAAUAUCAUAAGAAUCUGCCCCGAGCUAAGGCAAUCUGGCAAGAAUGUCAAGACUGCGCCUACUUUGGGGUCUGCCAGCGCCAACUGGAUCACAAUCUCCCUCUUUUCAAGUAUCUUAAAGGACCAAGCCAGAGACUUAUAAAAUACCAGACACUGUUGAAGGGUCUGCUGGAUUUUGAGUCCCCUAAGGAUUUGGAGAUACACCCAGGUGACCUAGAAGGAGGUUCAGCGAAGAAUGGGCCAAGGAAGACCAAGGAUUCAGCAUUCUUAGCCGAACUGCAACAAGCUUUGGCCAUGAUGGAGGAUUUGAUCAAGUCCUGUGAGUUGGCUGUAGACCUGGCAGCAGUCACUGGAUGUCCGGAUGACAUUGGAAAACUGGGCAAGUUGUUGAUGAAUGACUCCUUCAACGUCUGGACAGCUCACAAGGAUGGUUAUAAGAUGAAGGAUUUUAUUCGAUUUAAGCCCAGCCGGAGGCAAAUCUAUCUAUUUGAAAGGGGAAUAGUGUUCUGUAAGAUACGAAUGGAGCCCAGUGACCAGGGCCUGUCUCCUCAUUACAGCUUUAAAAAGUCUAUGAAGUUGCUGACACUUUCAAUUCGCCAGCUUGGAAGGGGGAGCAACAGAAAGUUUGAAAUUGCCAACCGAAAUGGACUUGAGAAAUACGUGCUGCAGGCAGCUUCAAAAGAAAUCAGAGAUUGUUGGUUUUCAAAAAUAAGUAAAUUGUUGAUGGAACAACAAAACAAUACUAAAGGCAAAGAGAAUCUACAGUUUGAAGCAAGCACUAGCAAAGGCAAUGGAGUGGAAUUUGUACCCUGGAUUGAAAAUAUGGAAAGAGCUACCAGUAGUAAGGAAGACCUAGUCCCCAGCACAUGAGGGAUUAAAGGCUGCUCCAGCAGGGAGUUUAUCUCCGUGGAAACCUUUGACGAUUGUGAAGGUGCAGAAGAGAUGGAAAAGGAGAGCCGUGCUCUGAGUCUCUCGAGACUUUUCCAGUUGGACGACAGUUAUGAAACCUGUUCCUCCAAAUCUGUUCUGGAAACGGGAGAAAGCAUUCAGGGAGAAAAAGCACGUGAUGAAGAGGAAACUGCUUCUCUUCUCGGAUUUCCAGGGCAACAAACUAAACUGGGGAUGUCCACUGGCUUGCUCGCCCCUGGGGAGACGACUAGUUUCCGGGCAAAAGCAGUGCGGGCGAGGGAAGGAUGCCCGAGGCCCCCUCCCCGGAGAACCGACACUCGUUCGUGACACCCGCGGCUCC